CAAACAUACGAUUACAAACCCAAUACAUCACUCAAUCUCCACACUCUAAAUCCGUAAACUCCGGCCAGAUCCUCUUAAACGCCUCCGAAUCGCACUGAGCAAAAGUCAGCAACCUGCAUCAAACCCACAGUCCGUCGAUUCUCUCACACCAACUCGACAAUCUACACGAGCACCCAGCAUGAAGCGCGACGAAUCACCAGUGGAACCGGUGAAGGAUGACUGGUCAGGAUUGACAGAUCCAGUUGAACGUCGGAGGAGGCAAAACAGGGUCAAUCAGAGGGCGUACAGACAACGGAGAAAAGCCCAGAAAGCCGGCCUCGACGUCCACCCCAAAGCCAUCGUCUCCAGUAUCCAAACCCCACCGACCUCAGAUUCCGGCUCAGGCUCCCCCGAAACCGCCAUCGUCCCUCGCAAUCAAUCCCCCAGCCAAUCGUGCUUCGCAACCGACAAAGCCCUCGACUUCCUCCAUCGCUUCAGCGAAGCCGCAUACCAAAGCUACAUGCUCGGCUGCCCAACAUCCGACCACCUUCUCACCCUCAGCAAAGUCAACGUCUUCCGCGCCUUUAUCCAAAACAUGGCCAUUCUCGGCAUGGACGCCAGCCCGGACUGGAUGCACGACGACUCCCUCUCCCCCUUCUCCACCCCUCACCCGGCCUUCAUCGAAUCCACCAACCUCCCCCAAAACCUCCGCCCCACCCCCCUCCAGCGGAAAAUCUCCCACCACCCGUGGCUCGACUUCUUCCCGCUUCCGCGCAUGCGCGAUAACCUCCUCAAAGCCGGCGAUUCCUUCGACGACGAGGACCUGUGUUUGGACAUAAUGGAUUUCUGGAAUCGCGCGAUGGGGGGCUGUAGUCUGCUGGUGUGGGGGGAUCCGGCGAAUCCAGAGAACUGGGAGGUGACGGAGGAGUUUCUGCGGAAGUGGACGUGGGUGGUGCGAGGGUGUCCGGAGCUGAUGGUAUCUACGAAUCACUGGCGAAGGCAGCGGGGGGAGAAGAUGAUUUUUCGAUAUUUAUAAUCUAUCUACUGUACAUUUCAGAUUGUAGUAAUUGAACUGUUGAAGCUAUUCAGAUCCAUCGCCACUGAACGUGGGUUUC